CAUUACAAAUUUGGUAGCCAACUAGGUAGAACAGUCUUUUACUGCAGCCCCAACAGGAGGGAAAAGAGAUGCAAAGAAAAGAAACAAUCUUUAUUAUGGACGAGAAUGAGAAACUAGGUGGAUAGAUAAAGAAGUUGCAGCAUUCAUGACCAUCUUCUUGAUUCUUGUUCUUGUUGCUGUUCGAGCUCAAGCUGUUGCUGCUGCUGGUGUGUCUGCAAUGUUCAUAAUGGGAGAUUCUUCUGUUGAUUGUGGAGAGAACACACUCUUUUACCCUCUCCUCCAUAGAAACCUCUCUCUCCUCCCCUGUCAAGGCUCCCAGACUUCUCUCCUCCCUUACCUCCUCGCCGAGAAGAUGGGACUCCCAAACCGUCCCCUGCCAUUCUACAGACAGAACGGGACCAUAGAACAGCUAACCAGCGGAAUAAACUACGGGUCAGCCGGUGCAACCAUCAUGAACAUAGACAGCCAGAGCCACCAAUGCCUCACCCAACAACUCCGUCAAGUCUUCGAGACGUUCCAGCUCCUCGACCUCCACCUGGGCCAGGACUCUGCACAAACCUUCGUCAACUCAUCCAUCUUCUACCUCUCCUUCGGGAAAGAUGACUACAUCGACAUCUUCCUGGCCGAAAACACCACGACGACGAGGAGCAGGGAGUUCGCUGAGGUUUUGGUGCACCAGGUGGUGAUGGUGGUGAGGAGGCUGUACGAAGGGAACGUGAGGAAGAUCAUCUGUAUGGGGAUUUUGCCCGUUGGGUGCGCCCCAAAGACGGUUUGGGAGCUAGGUGGUGAGAAGAAUGGAAGUGGGAUGGCUGAUGGUUGCGUUGAGGAGGUAAACGAACUGGUCUUAGAGUAUAACAAGAUGUUGGCAGAUGGAAUUGUGGAGCUUCAGAAGGAAUUGUUUGAUGCUGAGAUGGUUUUCUGUGAUGUUUACCUUGGUGUCAUGGAGAUUCUUGCCAAUCCUGCAAAAUAUGGAUUUGAAGACACGGAGAAUGCGUGCUGUGGAUUGGGGAUGCACGGCGUGGUGAUUGGUUGCCUGUCGGAGGAGAUGGCCUGCAACUUAUCUUCUUCACCGCAUGUAUGGUGGGAUCUGUACAAUCCUACGCAGCGAGUCAACUCGGUUCUUGCCGAUUCAGCUUGGUCUGUUGAUCAGGAACACUCUGCUGCAACCAGCAUUUGCCAUCCCACUGCAGUGAAGAACUUGUUUGAGACUUCAUUACUCCCUCCUUAUCAUGUGCCCUGAAUCAAGUAAAUUGGAGAUUUCAUCUCUACUUUCUGAAUCAAUGGACUUCCAUUAAUAGCAAUUGAUCAGUCUGAUUAAUCAAUACCCACCAAAGACCAAACUCGUUUAAUCAUUUCUCCACAUUCCCAUCCAUGUCUGAUGUCUCGUCGGAGAUGAACCCCGGCGGUUAACCCAUUAUUAAUCGGAUAAUGAAAUACUGCUAGAACAGAGGAGAACAGGGGAUACUCUGUUUUCCAUAGAGAAACCGCUGCGAUGGCGGAAACAGAGGAAUCAUUUCGUCGGGUAGUUGAAUUAAUUACUCACUACUCAUCACCGGAUCAGUGAAAUAGUGUUGGUCGGGGACGGAAGGAGAAGGGUUUUCUUCCGAUCUCUAGCUCCUUGCCUUAAUAGAGGAAACAUCAUAUAAACAGGGAUUUUAUGU